ACUGUAAACUCUGCACUGUUACAGUCAUUUCUCAUCAGUUCACUGGAGAGAAAGCAGCAGGAGAGCACGGUUCACGUCUGUAGUGUUUAACAUCAGCUGUAUUGUGAGAAUCUGCAGGAGAUGAUGGAGGAGUUUUCAUUCAGAGGAGGAAAGAGGAAGAGAGGAAAGGAGAAGGAGGAUCCUCAGAGAGUUUUACCGGGAAAAAACACUCUCCCUGAAAGUGAAGCUCCAGAUAAAAAGAGACGGAAAGUAGGAGAGAACUGUAGGCGGCCUAAGAAACAGAGAGGCGGACAGAAGAGUGAAAAACAGCAAAAAUUCAAAAAGCCAGAGACCUUCUACUCUCGCUACACUAUUGGAAAGAAGAUAGGGGAAGGAGGCUACGGAUCCGUCUUCGAGGGAACACGAAAUUCAGAUGGCCUUCAGGUGGCUAUUAAAUUCGUCCCAAAUUCAGUAGGACGACGAUACAAGAUUGGCCCUGAUGGUUCCAGGCACGUUCCUGUAGAGGUGGUUUUAAUGCAGAAGAUGAGCGAGCCACCUGUUGACGACAGCGUCGUACGACUAAUCGAGUGGUUCGAUGAGCCUUGUCGUUAUAUCCUGAUCAUGGAGCACCCUAAACCCUGCAGGGACCUGUGGAAUUUAAUCUGUGCCUACGGAGGUUCUCUCAGUGAGGACAUGGCCAGUGAUAUUAUGUACCAGGUGUUGCACGCAGCAAUCCACUGCCAGAAGCGAGAGAUACUGCACAGAGACAUCAAACCGGAUAACUUUCUGAUCAAUAUGGAGACCGCAGUGGUCAAACUCAUCGACUUCGGCUGUGGUGACUGGAUCAGAGACGACGAGUACCAUAGUGUUAUAGGCACGUGGCUUUACCACCCACCGGAGAGUAUUCUGUGGAGAAGGUACCGCGCCACUCCAGCGACAGUCUGGUCUCUUGGAGUGACGCUGUACAGGAUGGUUAUGGGACACAUGCCCUUUAAAAGCAUACAGGAAAUCGUCCAAGGGCGUCUAGAAUUCAGAGACGACCUUUCCAAAGAAUGCUGUGAUCUGAUUAGAUGGUGCCUGCAGGUUGACCCGAACUCCAGGCCUAGUUUGCUGAAGAUGAGGAAGCACCAGUGGUUCAAGUCCACCUUCCCAGAGCAGGUCAUGGAGAAAGAUGAGCCUUCAAGAACAUUAGCAUGAAGGACAAAAGGGCCAUUAACCGGCGCCAAGCAGCUUAAUGCAGGGCGUUUUAGUGUGUCCUUGCUAUCAUAACAACGGGAAAAGUACACCGUGCAGUGAUCAUUGUGACAAGGUGUAAGAUAGGGCCCCACCAGUUUAAAGUGUAUUCACUACAGUGGAAACUAUUUGAGAUGUACACAUAACAAUGCUUUUUGAUAGGAAAGUGUACAAUAUUUACCAGUGGUAAAUAUUCGGCACGAUAUUGGCUGAGGUAUCCGGUGUCGCCCAGAGGAGGAUGGGUUCUUCUUCUGAGUCUUGGUUCCUCUCGAGGUUUCUUCUUGUUGAUCACAGGGAGUUUUUCCUUGCCACUGUCGCCUUUGUGCUUGCUCAGAUGAAGCUCGGACCCGGAUAUCUGUUAAGCUGCUUCAUCACAGCGUUCUUUAUGUUAUGUUUUUCCACUUUAGUGAUUGCUUUUUGACAUAAAUUUGACAGAAAUCUUUGUACAUAGACAUUGGCCUGUUUACUCCAUAACCCCCCAAAAAAAACAAAUAAAUAAAGUAACCUUG